AUGGCUAUUAGCUUCCACCCGUCGGAAAGUGUUUUUGAGCGCGGGGGGCCCAUAUACAUUCUUGCAGUUCCAAUAUUACUCUUUUACAGCCUAUCGCUAGUGGGAUGUAUUUCUGUAUCACCAGGGAUUCCCGGGAUAUUCCUCAUUCAGCUGCAAGAUAACACUGGUAACGGCACCCGCAUCCAAAUUGGCUACUUUGGUGUUUGCAGCGCCAGCAAUUCCAGUGCUUCAGCGUUAGAAACGCUUUGCAAGUCCACUUUUGGUACAUCUACCGCUGAGCUCUCUACAGGGUUAUCCAUACCCCAGGACUUCCUCCAAUAUGGGUUAGAUGUCCGGGAUACAGCCUUUCCCUCAUUUCUUCCAGUUGGGGCAGUAUGUUUUCUCCUAGGAACACUAGCUUUCAUUUUACUUAAAAUGACCCUGAGGACUCUUGAUGAUAUCACGGACGACGAAAACAAGGAAGAAAAAAUGGAGAGUCGUGCUGAUCGGCUUUCAAGCGCAACGAGUGGCCUCCUCUGGGCGUCUGUAGGAAUAGCAUUGACAGUUGCCUAUGCUUCUACAGUCACACUGUCUGGACUGGCCUUCGUGACGGGGACGAGGUUUUCCACGGCAACUCACGUAGUCCGAGGGACAACCCUGGAGGCUCUUCAGUGGGCAAUUGUUGGCCUUUCUGCCCUCUUUGCACUGGGCGUAAGACACAUGAUCCGGUCGAACGACUCGAGCGAUGACGAUGAUCAGCACCAGAAUCCAGCAACAAAGGCACUGUCUGGAUCUAGUACAGCACAAGGUGUCUCUCGGCCGAGACCAACCCUCCAAUCUGGGGCGAGAUCUGCGCCACCUCCACCCAAGGCACCGAUUCUUGGGCUACCUGCCAAAAGGUAAUGAGCAGCAGUUCGGUUUAACACAGAAUGAAAUUGGGCGGUUGAAAUAACCGUGCAAAGGGGACAGAACGGAGGUUAAGUUUCGUUUUAUGGCGCAUAUUUUCUCCUUUUUCAGUGGCAUGC